UCGCCUCACCGAAUGAUGUUAUAUGGAUGAUCGGUGUCUGGAAGGGGAUGCGGGGUCCCCACGAAUUUUUCUUUGUUGUCGGUUUGACUGUACUCUUUCUUUUUUUUUUUUUUACCCUUCCCUCCUAGUAUAAGAAUGUUGUCCCCUCCGUAGCUGUAACCACCCAGUCUCCUUCUCAGCCCUUCUCCCCCUCCCAUUUCCCUCACACAAUGCUGCAAGGAAGAACCCUCCAAAUAGCCCAGGUGGCCCUUAUCGUCGCCCCGGCCUUCAUCCUCUUCGGUUAUAACCAAGCCGGUGUUGGCCCCUUGGCCACCUUGCAGAGCUGGGUGCACACCUUCCCCGAAAUCGACGCCACCAACACCGAAGGCGAGCUGAAAUCCCACAACUCGACAAGCAAGGGAGCAGUAGUUGCAUCAUUCCAGAUCGGUGCUCUCAUUGGUGCUUUGUCAUGUGCGCUUCUCAGUGAACGCAUCGGGCGACGCAAAACCAUUUUCCUGGGCGGUAUCUUGUGCAUCAUCGGACAGGUGUUGCAGACUGCUGCGUAUGGCAUUGAGCAAUUCACUGUUGGACGUGUGAUUCUUGGUAUCGGCAUUGGUCAGUUCAGUGUUGCUGUUCCUGUGUGGCAGUCGGAAUGCUCGUCGGCGAAGAAUCGUGGCCAGCAUGUCGUCACGGAUGGAAUCUUCAUCUGUCUGGGUUAUGCGCUGUGCAACUGGAUCGACUUCGGUCUGAGCAAGGCAUCUGGCACGAUUCAAUGGCGUGUGCCCUUGGCCAUCUCGUUCGUCUGGAUAUUGAUGAUCAUGGGCUCCGUCUUUUUCCUCCCCGAGUCGCCUCGUUGGUUGGUGCGUGUCAGCCGCGUUGAAGAAGCCACGGCCAGUUUGGCGCAAUAUAAGGGUCUUCCCGAGGACGACGAGACUAUCCGGCUUGAGAUCCUGGGCAUUGAAACGUCGCUCGAGGUGUCGCAGGAGUCCAUGUCGUUCAAGGAGAUGCUCGCCAACAAGGACGGGGAGCGUCUCCUCUGGCGCUUCUUUCUCUGCAUGGCCCUUCAGUUUUUCCAGCAAAUGUGCGGUGGUAACCUUAUCUCCGUGUAUGCGUCGACUAUAUUCGAGGAGAACCUUGGUCUGUCCUCCGACCUGUCCAAAAUCCUCGCCUCCUGCGCCCUUACCUGGAAGUUCCUCUGCAGCUUUAUCGCAUAUGUUACCAUCGAUCGACUCGGUCGCCGUGCUGUGUUCAUGAUCAGUGGUACCGGCAUGUGCGUCUGCAUGAUCGUCCUCGCCAUCACCAACUCCUUCGGCUCCGACAACAAGAAUGCAUCCAUCGUCUCCGCCCUCUUCAUCUUCCUCUUCAACUCCUUCUAUCCCAUCGGUUUCCUUGGUGGCAACUUCCUUUACUGCACAGAAAUCGCUCCGGUUAAAUUGAGAGUCGCAAUGUCGUCCAUGUCGACUGGAAACCACUGGUUGUGGAACUUUGUCGUUGUCAUGAUCACCCCUGUCGCCCUAGACACCAUCGGAUACCAGUACUAUAUCAUGUACGCAGUCAUCUCAGCCUGCAUCCCGAUCACCGUGUAUUUCUGGUAUCCCGAGACCAUGAACCGGAACCUCGAAUCGAUCAACCAUGUCUUCCGGGACGCACCUUCGACGUGGAAGAUUGUCUCCAUGGCCAAACAUCUGCCCCAAGGCGAGGCGACAGAAGUCGCAAUGAUGGAAAACAGCAAGGAAAAAGGCUUAGAAGUCGAACAGAAAGAAACGGUUUGAACAAUUAUCAUGUAUAUAAUGAGACUUUUUUACGAUUUUCACUAGCGUUUAACGAUAUCCUGCGUUUACUUAUAUCCUCCGUGCCAAAGCCUGUACACAACCCCUCCGAUCAACAGCCAAGUCUCCUUGUCCCUUGGCGUGCAUGUUUAAUGUUGAAUAAAGUACUCGAAAACCGUGGGAUGAAUACAUUCUUGUAGAGCUUGUUUUACACUGCACGAGUAUAUCCCGGAGUUUCAAGGUGUGAGGAUACUGAUAACGGCUUGCGAUGCAGAGAUGCACAGAAAAUCAC